GCGGGACUGAUGGUGGCGGCGCGGCGGCGGCGCUGGGGUGUGCCGAUGCUGCUGGCGGCGUACGUGGGCUAUGUGGGGCUGGGCGCCGGCGUGCUGCAGGCGCUGGAGCGGCCGGCCGAGGUGCAGGCGGCCCAACACCUCCUCCAGCAGCACUGGGAGCUGCUCGCCAACUAUACCUGCCUGCGGGGGCCCGGCCUCCAGCGGCUCAUCGAGGGCAUCAUCCAAGCCUACAAGAGUGGCAUAACCCUCCAGGGAAACACCACUAGCCUGGGCAGGUGGGACUUUAGUGGGUCUUUCUUCUUCUCCAUCUCUGCAAUAACAACCAUUGGCUAUGGGAACCUGAGCCCCAGCACUGCAGCUGGUCGAAUCUUCUGCAUCUUGUUUGCACUCUUUGGAAUCCCCUUGAACCUUGUAGUCCUGAACGAAAUUGGGCAGCUAAUGCUGUUGGGGGUUCAGCAAUGUGCCCGUCGCCUAGAAGAGCUGUUUCACAGACAGAAAAAAGCUUCCCUCCUGAUUAAGACCUGUGCACUGGUAACUGGCUUGUUAUUGUUCCUCCUGCUACCUCCCUUGUUGUUCUCUGACAAAGAAGGCUGGUCUUAUGAAGAAGGCUUCUACUAUUCCUUCAUUACCCUCAGCACUAUAGGGUUUGGAGAUUAUGUGAUUGGGAUGAACCCAGACCACACCUAUCCAGGCUGGUACAAGAAUGUAAUCUCUCUGUGGAUCCUCUUUGGGAUGGCCUGGCUAGCACUGGUUAUCAAAUUUUGCAUCAACUUUCUGGAGAGCUCCAGUGACUUCUGUCAGUGCAACAAGAAGAGCACCGAGAUGGCAGAAGACUUAAUGGAUGGCAACAAAAAUAGUAUGACAGGACUUCAUGAUGUGGAGAUCUGCAAUGACAAAGACACAAACCCAAAAGGACCAGAUGAAUCUCACACCUACACAGCUCCUACAGAAGCACUCUAGGGAAGAAACAUAUCCUUGGUGUCUCUUAGGUUUUAGUGCACCAGAGAUGCACCACUUAGAAAUGUGGGAAUGGAGCUGCCCUGAUGUUCACAUGGGUGAAAGCUUGCUUAUUGAACUUGAAAUGCUUCUGUUCUGAAUUAAGCGAUGUCAACAAAAUGUUUCAUUUGCAGCACCACCAAGAAUUACCAACAGGACUCUUAGCCAAAAGUAGAUUUACAGAGAUAUUACCUACCCUCCCACCUCAAUAUAUGAGGUAAACUUUGAUAUCUGUGCACAACACUAGCUGUUGUCCUUUUCUUUGCAUUGAAAGUUCUUGUAGUCUCUGAUUGUAAGCACGGCAUUUUGCAAAUACCACAACUAGAAAAGCAAGUGCCAUUUAAUGCUGGAAACAAAUUGCAUGCUGCUAGAAGACUUAACGAAAAGCAUUAAACUCAUCUGGCAGUCACUGCGAAGGUGCUCCGUUACCUGUAUGCUUGUGCUUGCCAAAGGUGGUAAUGUGCUUUUGCUCUCUGAUCAUUAGUACACGGAUGGCAAUGAGGCAGAGGUUGUAAAGGUGCCUAAUAGAAACAAGUAAUUCAAUUUUUUAAAAGAAAUUUCUACAUCAGAGGUCCACUAAUAUUAAAAAGAGACUAAGUAGAUAAGCUAUUCCUUACUCCAGAACUUAUGUAGGCUCAUCCCAUGUGAAGUGUUACAUGGACCAAAUGUCAUCAGCUAAAUGUGAUGGUUCAUUUGGAUAGAUUUUUAUUUUGCCACAUCUUGAAAGCCAGAAAAGGAGGACUAGAGGCAGUUCUAAGCACCAGUGGUUCCAACAUUAUCCCAUGGCCAAUGUUAAUAAGGGCUACUUUAAUCUAGAAACGGACUGAAGUAUCUUCAACUGUGAUCAAGACAUGCUAUUCUGAUGAACUUCUCAUGUCAUAUAAGUACAACUAUCUUUUGAUCUGUAGAACGCCAGACCUGCUUAUUUGGCCUUUGUGUCAAUCCUGAAACAGAAAUGGUUUUUUUUAAUUCCAUUAAAUUCUCAGAAAUCUUUUGAUAAAUUAUGCCAUUUAUAAAGGCCCAACAGAGUCUAACUGCUGCUGCCAUUUAUAUACCCAUAUCUAAUCUUCUCAUUUUCUUAUUCCUGUUGUGCUACUUGCAUCCUAGAGCAUUAACUUUGAAAACUUGACCAUAGUAGUAAACCAGAACAAAGCACUUGGGUGAGCCUUCAGCUGCUGUGUUGGACCAAGAUUCCACAUGGACUGUGGAGAAAAGACUGAAAACACAGUCUGUUGGAGUGCAGGACUCCGGAAUUAGAAAUAUCCAUAGCUGGAUUCACAGAAAUGCAGAAAGUGAAGUUUAGAGUCUUCAGGAACACAAGUUCUGGAACAUGCAUUGUGAAAAAAGUAUUUCCAGAGUAGGCCAGUCUGAGUGUUGAUAUAUGGUGGAGCUGAUUACAGGAGAAAAUGCAGGAAAGGAAUCUGCUGGAUGAAAUUUAGUCUGUCAACCUUUUGUCAGCCUUUUCGUCAUUGGCCUUUUGCCAACUCCAUAGUAAUAAAUUAUCUCUCAAAUACUGUUUCAGUGGGCAGCAGAGAUAAGAAAGGGAGGUAGUGGAAAUCUCAGGUCAUAGUUGCGAAACUGAUGCAAAAUAAAUAAUUUCAAUUUUUGAACAUUGGGUAACUUCUUUAACAGCCUUUAGCAUAAACUUUUCUGUUUCUUCUAUGUCUUGUGUGAUUUUUGCUGAUGGAUACACAAUGUAGGUUUUACUAAAGUUUAUAAUGGGCUAGCCUACAAUAAGACCAAAGUGAAUUUCUUUAAACCUAAGGGAAGUACAAUUCCACAGCAUAAAAUUGAUGCAUUUUUAUGCAUAUCCUUUGCACCUUCCUUCAGGUGCAAAACUUAAUAAAUAUAACUGUAUUGUAAAAUCUGGAUGCCCAGAAGGUAGUAGGAGUUUCUACUGUCAAAGCAUGCGAAUGACUAUGCUAAAUCUAUUUCAACUUUAACUUGAAAUGUCACAGGUUCUGGGAAUUUCUACCAGCUCUGCUCUUUGAGAAGGUUUAGCUUGAGAAGAGUUUCUUCUUUUCAAUUUGAAUGUCUAUUAUAUUAAUCACAUCUAAUUCAUAUUCCCACGUAUUUGUAGUUUGUGGAUGAGGUUUUCAAAAGUGCCUUAGAGGUUUGGGCACCCUGGUCCCACUGAAGUGCAAACAUAGCUGCAUGCCUUAGGAGAGCUGAUAUAUACUUCUGAAAGCUAAAAGGAAGAGGAGCUCUAGGAGUAGUCCUGAAAAAAGGAAAAACUAGUAAUUCUUCAUUGGUCUCGGUGCUUCCACUGUAUGUGAGGGUUCAGCCACAAAACUAAGCAUGUGCCUGGGUCUCAAGGUGACUCAAUAUCUGUCCUAGCAAUCCUUGCUUAUUCACCUCAUUCCGCAGCUGUGCUCUUGUAUUACCCAGCAGCUCACCACCAGCGGAGUCCUGCCACUAACUGUCUGAUACAGCAUACUUUAUGGGAGGCACAUCUGAACUGCUUGCAAGCCACAUGUAGCUCCAAAGCUGCAAGUUGCCUGCUUGGGUCUUGGAUCACCUAAAAAAAAUAUGAAAUGAGUCAAAUACCAUCUCUGCCUGGGUUCUCUGACUCCAAAUUAGCAUGUCGUCACUUAUGAAUACUCUUUCAUUGACAGUUCCACAGCUAGCUUUUGAUGCGGACAAUAAAUAUUAUUGUAUCUAAGUCCUCACAAAUGGCUGUGCCUCUAGUCUUUCUGUUCUUUAUAAAGCUGUGUUGUGGUUAAAUGACAUGGAUGAAUUUGUUUCCAGAGGGAUGAGAAGAAAAUGGAGUUUUGCAACAUCACAAAAACAUCAUCACUGAUGUGUCUACUCUACCAAAAUAUGAAAGGUUAUCUGCUCGAGGGUAAAAUAAAGAAAAUAAAAGCAUGGUGCUGUUAUCAUUCUUGUCACAGCUGACUUGCAGUCUUCUGUAAUCUGCAUCGGAAAAUUACAGAUGCUCCUUGA